AAUACCUAACGAAACUGGCGGCAGAGUCCAUUUAGUUUCAAUUCCCUCGUUUGGUUUGGGAUCAAAGUUAUUCGCCCUUAAAUAUCAACAUUCUGGACAAAGCUGGAAGGACUGCUUGCUUAGAGACAGUCGGUCGGAAUAACAAGUCUUCAGAUAGUUACUUAAUCUCUAAUAAAUCAGAAAUUUUACGUGAGCCUCACACAUCGAGAUGGACCGCUGGCGUCACGCUGGCUUCAAAAUCAAGCCAUACCGAUUCUAUUCGUAAGGAGGUUCUGUUGUAAGUUUGCUCCGUUUGAAUAAUUCCGAAUUAGCAUUCUUAAUAAGCUUACUGCCGAAAAUUUCGAACAACAGGGUGAUAAACUUCUUAGCUUAGAUAUCACUUCAACUUCCCUUCAUGUCAUUGCUCAAUUAGUAAGCUUAUUUUCAGUACUUACCAUUUUAGAUUUAUCAAAAAGCCAUCAAUGAACCAAAAUUUACUUCUUUGUACGCCCAAUUGUGUUUAAAACUAUGCAGUAGUGUCCCUAAUUUUGAGUCAGGGGGUUCUCAAUCGACUUUUCAGAUAUUCUUAAUUAAGUGUUGUGAAGAUGAGUUCAAGACCAGAGAUGUUUGUGAUGAUCAGAUCUCACGUCAGAAGUGCUUGGGGAAUCUACGCUUCAUCGCUGAACUUGGGAUUUGUGGUGUUAUGUCCGAAAAAGUUCUGCAUAACUGUGUUCAAGAACUUCUUUCCAGGAAAGGGCAACCUAGUUCAGUCAACGAUUCGGAGAUACAUACAUCUGCGCAGGAAAAAAACAAAACAGCCCAUACAAUUCGGGAGCGCUCUUUGUCCGCUGACUUGGAAUGUCUUUGUCAGUUCUUGACUGCUGUUGGGAAGCACAUGGACACACCGAAAGCGAAAAACUUAAUGGAUCAAUAUUUUCAUCGAUUGCGUCGUAUAUUAUCACGCGCUUACGAUUCAAAUGGAUUAACAUCCAACAAACAUGAAAAUGUAUCUACGGAAGGAAAAACCUCGAAGUCGUUAUCGAAGCCGAAUGACAACUGUAUCUUAUCUUCUAGAGUGCGGUUCAUGAUUGAAGAUUUGAUAGACCUAAGGGAAAACAAUUGGAUUCCACGUCGAGCUGGUCAGCGUACAGAAACAAACAAGCCACGUUUCCUUCGAGAUAUUCGCUUGGAAAUAUUAAAAGAAUCUGGAGUCCUUGUUGCCCCAACUCCAAGUGAGCGCUCUGUCACACAGCCAGAUGUACCUGGGAGUGCUUUUAUGGGUCACUCAUCAGCUUCGAGUAACUCUUCAGUGAAUGGCGAAUUUCCUUUCGUAAGUGGUCUGAGCUCUAGUUCAUCGAAAAAUAAUAAUGGACUUAAUAAUGGUGAAGCUAAAAGUUGGAUGGAGUUGGCGCGAAUGGGUGAAGAACUUUGUCGUCAAAGUCCUCGUGAUUUUUGUUUGUUGGAUAACAGAAAUCGUAUUGGAGAGAGCCCCAUUAGUCAAUUUCAUGGACGUCCACAGGCUGGUGUUGCCACAGCUAAUCGGCGCUUUUUGUCUAGCAAAAAUGAUUCAAACAAUAUUCCUCAUCAAGGCUCUAAACCAAAUAACACAGACAGCUGGACCAAAAGAACGGAGAAAAAUGAAGUCAUUAGCGAUGUAGGGUGGGUACGUGGUGUCAACCCAAAACUACGGAACUCCGUUAUUACUCUGAAUAACGGCAUAUCAACAACUAAUUCUAAUUUACCUCCUCGAAUGCUCAGAAAACUGGCUGCGGAAGCUGCUGGGAAUUUACAGAAUAACUCGACAUCAAACGUUUUUAACGAAACAAAACAACCUGUCCAUUCGGAAGUACAGAGCUUCCAUGCAAAAUCCACUUCUGAUAGUAUGACAUCCAUUUCCAAAAACAGUACAUCCUGCACCACGUCUUUUAUCCGUCUCAUUGGGCAAGUCAGUUCCUCUGAUCCUUUUGAGCCUGCAUACCUGCAAAAAGAAAGGUUAUCGGUCAGUGGUGGAGACGAAGUCAGUACCCAAAAACUUGUUUGGUCUUAUCCUAAAUGUGUUCCAAACACGGCGAUUUAUGGUAGCUCAAAUCCAACUCUUCCGUUUAAACCACAACCUUCUAUUUCACGUCCUCCUCACUUAACAAGCAAACCGAAUUUCCCGGAUAUUCAAACAGCAGUUCAGAAACCAUGUAAUCGUAAAUUUGACCAGGUUAGAUCAUCUAAUUUGAACAACAUGGUCCAGUCAUCAAACAAUCUUGCUGAAAACAAUUACAAUACCACGCACGCCGUUGAUGAAAACAGGAAAAUCGCCCUUAGAUUACUCACUUUAUUGGGAGAUUCUCGUGAUCCUAUCCUGGUUAAAAAUCAAUUAAAUUCAUCGGAUUUCAGUCGAAUAACAACCGAAGUUCUUGCCGUCGCUGUUUUACAUUUAUGUGAAGAAGGUACUAAUCUUAAGUUGGCGGAGGCGGAACCAUGUGAAUUAGCUGCGAUAUUAGUAGCAUGUGCUGAAAAUCUAUUGCAUCGCGAUACGUCUACGUCAUUCCUUGCAUCUAAGGAUAAUCGCAAAACGAAACCCACAAAAUUGUCGUGUCAUCCUUUAUCUCUCGUAUGGUCAAACCUCCUUAGCAAGAUUUUAUGUGUGACACAGUUAACUUAUUCCAAGUCCAAACUAGCAUUAUUAUCAGCUGCUUUAAUUUGGAGUCGUCAUAUUAGUCUGUCUGAAUUUGGUGAGCCCUUACGUGGGGGUAAACAUCAUCCCUUGUUUUUACUCGUUCUACAACGUUUAUCACAAAUUGUUAGUGAAGAUGUAAGUGAAACAAUUUGUAUAUCUGGAGAGGGAUUGAGUGACAGACGUUCCUUGCUCAUCCAAUUAUUUCAAGAGAGUGAAUUGCAAAUGAAUCAAAUGGUCCCAGAAGGGAGUCAAACAAACGAAGCUUUGUUGUCUUUGCUAGAAGAACGUAAUUUAGAUUUUCUCGUCCCGAGCUUACGAUUGUCAGCGGAACUAUCUAACCUCAUUAUGGAUACUUCAUCCUUAGAAGGGAAAUGUCCAGAAGAGUCUGACAAAAUCACAGCUUCUAAAUUCAACGAUUAUCUUUCAAAUCAUCCAAUUGAUGCCAGGAUGCGAGCAUCAGACUACGUUCAUGCUUGCUUGCCAGUCAUUUAUGAAUAUAUUCAUAGAGUAGGAAUUAUUGAUCUUGGCAGUUUGUCUUCACCCCCCACUUUAAUGGCCAGAGAAAAAGCUGCGUGGGAGUGCAUAGUACCUCAUGUACUUAUUGAAGUUUUACGAAGCUCAACAGACCGACAGUUGGAUGCUCUUCAUGACCUGCAAUCCUUCUGGGUUGAUAAAAAUAUGCCUAAAGGGUUUUUGUUUCGUUGUUUUAUGAACCUUUAUAAUUGUGAACUUGUAUGUGAAGACGCCUUUUUAUCAUGGAAAGAAGAAGUGAAUCCCAGUUAUCCUGCUAAAGGACAAGCACUAUUUGAGGUACACUGUCAUGUUAAUUUGAUAUUUUAUGGUAAUUAUUCAGUGACUUAUACAUUGUAGAAUCUAGUUUAUAUAUACAUCAGUUCAGGUUGCCACAUUAUAUCAAGAGAACUGUGAUAUCAGAAUAUUAGAGAUAAUGACAUCAGUUGUAGUAGAAAGAGUCAGCAUAUGUAUGGUUCAAGAAGAAAAUAUGAAUUUGUGCAAUGCAAAAGCACGAGAUAAUUUUAAAAUUCAGGAUCUAAGGGAAGGCAAAAGCAAAUGCAUCUGUCCCAUCGCAACCGAUGGUGACUCAUGUUACUCAACGUCUUCAACCAUUUAUCACAGGGUAGCUUACAUCUACAAACCAAGAGCUACUAACUUAUGCCGUUACUUGCUUUGAAGGUUACUAGUUUGUUUUCCAACCUAUUUCUACCUCAACCAACAUCGCGCGUCGAAUUAGGUGGUGUUUCUGUGGACGCGAACGUAUCCCAUUCACUGCGGUUGAUAAAAAUUCACAGUCUCAUUAAAUAAUUUUCCAUUUUUGUUUGAUAUAACGCUUUACAACCAUUAAGUAAAACAAAGCAAACUUCUGAACAGCAUACUCCCUCGUCAUCGACAGACGAAGAUCUCGCCUACACAACUAACGAUGCGAGUUAGCAAACCUAAGCAAGCUGUUUGAAUACUAGCCAGGAUGAGUAAAUUGGUCGAUGCAAUCAUCUAUUUCACUCCAUUUGAUCAAUCCAACCAACAACGCAGACCCGUCUUGAAUCAGCGUUUUCUAUCCAGAGGAGGAGAACAUAUCCCAAACAUGCAUUGUUGCUCAAAGGUGAUCAGAAAACUUCCGAUCAUCUCUCGAUGCACUAGUUGUUUUCGUUCAUCGUUUCUUCCUUUCUAUAGGACUUUGAGUUCAAUAUCCAUAUUCUGAACUGCAUUUUUUGGUGUAUGUUUAUUUGUCUGUUGGACAUACCACCAUGGUGUUAAUUCACUUUCUUUUUUGCUCUUACCUAUCCUCUGAUUUAUACAUGUAGAGAAUCCUUCUUACCCACAGAAAAAGUUGACAUCCGGUGACCGUCAAAAUCUAAGCAAAAAUCCACUAUUACCAUAUUAUUUUUAUUUGAUAAUUUAAACUUGUUUGUUUCAUUGCUUCGGUUUUGUAUGUUUUUUACCUUGACAUCAUAGUUCCUAUUAGGGUACGCAAACUAUUUUAUUAAAUCUCUCUUGUUAAUUAUUUCAUCACAGUGACUUUUAUUUUCAGGUCAAUCGUUGGUUAACGUGGUUAGAAACAGCAGAGGAAGAAGACGAAGAAGACCAAUGUAAAUCUGAUUCAAAUGAGGAUCAUGCAAAGAUAGUUCAAGAAAGUUCAGUGGAUUCAGAAAACUCAGAAGCUUCUAAAUCUCCCAACCAUUUUAUUGAUAUUGAGUCUCAUAAUAUGCCACUGGCCCUACAUCCCAAUUCAGCAGCUUUGCGUUCUUGAAUAACCCCUUUAGUUUCCGAACUUGGUAUCAGUUUUGUGUGUUGAUAUGAUAAUGAUGCAUGUAAAUCCUAGAUUGUAUGUCUUGCAUGGAAAAUCGGUUUUGAAACCUCGUCUUUAUCAAAACAAUUUUUUCGGACCUUCAAUCACAUUGGGCUUCAAUUUUCCUUAUUAUAUUAUUAUC